AGGCUGCUGGGUGACGUUUGAGAGCCCGGAGCGGAGCGCUGCGCUUCGUGGCCUCGGAGUGUCUGGUCUAGCUGGAGAAGUUCGGAGUGUCGAAAAGCGCGUUAAAGAUGAGCAUGGAACCGGCUGCGCGCGCGGGAGAUGGGCCGUCGGUUGCUCUUCGCCGGUGGUUCCAGGCUGCCUCGGUCUGAUGCCGCUUUCCCCCGCAACUUUUACCGUAAAUAAGCGGGCUCUGCGCGGCAGGGGAUUAAAGCCGGACGAUUGCGCCGCAGGACGGCGUGCUUCACCGGCACCUGCGACUGUCCCGGAGCUGGUCUUCGAGUGCGUUAACGAAUCACCUAGAGCCUGUUCGUUUUUGGACUGUUUGCUAUUCCGCAUAUAAAAUAUCCGUUUUUGGCGCAUAUAUAUAUAUAUAUUAAAAAAAAAUAUAUAUAUAUAUAUAUUUUUUAGAUAACCUGUGGAUCUACUGUAUUGGAUCGGACCCGAAUCUGUCUUAUUUACCGGCGGAUUCGUUUUACCCCGUGUGAGGGUGAAGCUCAGCCGGUGCCGGAGCGGCUCCUCGGAUGGCAGUAGCAGCUCGACCGUUUUUGGGACUUUAAGCUGUUUCUUAUUGUUGUUUUUCUUUAAUGUAUAUUAUAAUACGCGGCGCCCCCGACAUUGUUACCCACGACUGGAAGAAGGAAAAAAGCGCAGCAAAAUGUCGGCGGUGUCUGCGUCGGAGAAGGUGGACGGAUUCACGCGGAAAUCCGUGCGAAAGGCGCAGCGGCAGCAGCGCCGGUCCCAGGGCUCCUCGCAGUUCCGCAGCCAGAGCAGCCUGGUGGAGCUGUGCGAGCUGCCUCGACUCACAGAUGCCUCCUCCACCGAGCAGCAGGAGCUCUUCACCCAGAAGCUUCAGCAGUGCUGCACGCUCUUCGACGACUUUGACUCUGUGUCCGACCUUAAGAGCAAGGAGAUCAAGCGGGCAGCUCUCAGCGAGCUGGUGGAGUACAUGUCCUCCUGCAGGGGUAUACUGGUGGAAUCUGCGUACCCAGACAUCAUUAUUAUGAUAAGCACCAACCUUUUCCGGACGCUGCCUCCGAGCGAGAACCCAGACUUUGACCCAGAGGAGGAUGAGCCCACCCUUGAGGCCUCAUGGCCCCACAUACAGCUGGUGUACGACUUUUUCCUGAGGUUUCUGGAAAACCCCGACUUCCAGUCCAGCCUCGCCAAACGUUACAUCGAGCAGAAGUUCGUCCUACAGCUCCUGGAGCUCUUCGACAGCGAGGACCCGCGGGAGCGGGAAUACCUCAAGACCAUCCUGCACAGGAUCUACGGCAAGUUCCUGGGCUUGAGAGCCUUCAUCCGGAAGCAGAUCAACAACAUCUUUCUGCGGUUCAUCUAUGAGACAGAUCACUUCAAUGGGAUAGCGGAACUUCUGGAGAUCCUGGGGAGCAUCAUCAAUGGCUUUGCGCUGCCUCUGAAGGUCGAACACAAGCAGUUCCUGCUGAAGGUCCUCAUUCCCAUGCACACGGCUAAAGGACUGGCACUGUUCCAUGCACAGCUGGCCUAUUGUGUGGUACAGUUUUUGGAAAAGGACUCCUCUCUCACUGAGCCGGUCAUACGAGGUCUGCUGAAAUUUUGGCCAAAAACCUGCAGCCAGAAAGAGGUAAUGUUCCUGGGAGAAAUUGAGGAGGUCCUGGACGUCAUCGAGCCCACACAGUUCAAGAAGAUCCAAGAGCUUCUCUUCAAGCAGAUCGCCAAAUGUGUGGCCAACCCCCACUUCCAGGUAGCCGAACGAGCGCUAUACUUCUGGAACAACGAGUACAUACUGAGCCUCAUAGAAGAAAAUAUCGACAUGAUCCUGCCAGUCAUGUUCGGCAGCCUGUACCGGAUCUCCAAGGAGCACUGGAACAGCACCAUUGUAGCUCUGGUGUACAGCGUGUUAAAGACGAUGAUGGAGAUGAACAACACGCUGUUUGACGAGCUAACAUCUUCUUACAAGGCUGAAAGGCAGCGGGAGAAGAAGAAGGAGCAGGAGAGGGAGGAGCUGUGGAAGAAGCUGGAUGAUCUGCAGAUCAAGAAGGCACUGGGAGCGCAGAGCAACAGCCAUGGUCUGCAGAACCUGCACAGCAACACCAACAACAACAACAGCAAUGAGGGCGACGGCAAUGUGCCGGGUCCCAGCGAAGCAGAACCCAACCUCACCAGCACCCAAUGACCCAAGACCAGCGCUUGUGAGAACUGUCCAUCAGGAUGGGGUUGGGGGUUUAACAAAACGACACAGCGAAAAAAAACGUCGCCCUCGCCAGCGUAUUAAAGGAAGCCUGCAGAAUAUCCAGCAAGGCCAUAGAUUUUCUGAAAAUUUAUAUAGAGAGACAUAUUUUUGACUUUUCAGAGUAUUUUUGGACAUGAUAGUGUGACCAGUAUGUUGUGUGUUCGAUUCCUGAGAGAUGGAGGCUCGCUUUUUGCCGUCUCACUGAGCAUUAACACGAACUUUGUCAUAAUGACCCGGCAAGCCGAGCGAAGACUUGAAUUUUUUUUAAUGUUUUUUUCCUCUUGGAUUGUGUUGCCUGUAGUUAGGAAUUAAGGGGCUAUUUAAUGACGACGUCCUUCGUCCCGAAUGUGUUUUCGACCCGUGUCUGUUAACGUGGGUGCCGAUGGGAUCGGGGACUUGUCGGUGUGUCUGGGGGUAGGGAGUAGAUCGCGCCUUGCGUGAGUGCACUCUGGGUAUUUUAUAUUUUAAUCUAGUUGGAGGGGGGUGAUUCCUGCUGUAAUAUAUUCAAGAUCUGCAGCUACAAACUUAAGUAUUGACCUCUGUGAAAUCGACGAAUGGGCACAGAUUUAAGUAUUUUAAAAAUUUCUUCAGAAUAUAUGUAUAAAUAAAAGAUUACACAAAGAAGCCACGAGCCCUAUAUUUUUCCAGCACCUUAUAAAGUGUGGUGAUGUUAAGAAAAGCUUAUUUUUCAAAAGGUUUGUGUGGGGGGGGCUCCCUGUUUUCUGUGGCCUUUCAGUCAGAGUGCAUCAUUCUGGUCUCUGCCAUAUACCAGUGUCUGCAGAAGCCUUUUUUUAUGGAAACCUUAAGGGUUCCAACUCUGUACAAUAAAGAUAACACUGUGGUUUUAUUUCA